AUACCCCUCCCUACAGCACCUCUGCAGUACGAGCACAGCACAAAGCAAUGACGAAGCCGAUGCUCUUAGGAAUGAAAUAUUCCGCUCCAACUGGGCUGCCGAUACUUUGAAACUUUUAGCUAGUUUGGGCUUAAACCGGUAUAAAUAACAUAAGGUAGCAUCCAGAGUUCGCCGGCUACCCAUCUCCCCCACUUCAACCUCACUGCAAACCUUCCCCCCGGGCUCUUUUGCCAGUGUACUUGUACCUGCUGGCAGCUGCACAUCGGAUCGGUUUCAACAAUUUAUUCACUGAGACGCUGAUCCUACUGUCGAUAGAGUUGUCAACAAACACGGUGGAGAUGUCGUGCCUGCCAGUGCACCCCUGAAGUGUUUCCGGGCGGCUCGACCAUCUGGUAUCCGCUUUUCCCUUCCUGGUGAAGAACUCAGACCUUCCCUUUCCCCAAUAUAACCAGGGCUGGGUUUACACUUACCCGGAUGGGUUCAGUGGCUCCGUUCCCCCUCCUUGGCGUACCCCAUCGGAUUGACCAAGAAAUUCCCGUCCUGCCUUCACUUCCCAGACUUUACCGUUCUUGAACUUCCUCUCGCCCAACGCAAACCUGAAGAUCCGGUACCGAGUGCCUCUUUCUUCACGCCCCUCAAAGAGAGGCAUUCCUCUUGAACCUUCAGGUUGUCCCAUUUUCCGUGUCAGAGCUUCUUGCAUUUUUUCUGUCCGCUUUGAUCGUCUGCGUUCGUUAAUUGAGCCCUCUUCUGAUUUCUCCAAUUCUUGUCCGUUGGUACCCUCACCUACGCCCUCCCCUGCACGGGUCCGCUUCUUCACGUCACCUCCACCUCCACCGCCUCCUACCUCCACUGUCUGUUAUAGAAAAGGGGCCAUUACAAAGGUCAGCAAGGGAUUUCGUUUCUUUUCUUUUUUCUUUUUCUUUUACGAACAUCUCUUGAUUGGCCACUGUUUUUUCCGCUGCUUUUUCUUGGUGGGAGAAAUUCAGGUCUGUGAUAGCAUUCCCGCUGCGCUGCCUCCGAGCUAGCGUCUAAGUUUUCUUUGCAUUUCUUUACAAUUUUUUUUUUUUUUUUUGUCAGGUACAGUCAGCAGAGAAAGAGACGAAGCUUCGGCGUGGUGGAUCGUGUUAUUUUUGGUUGGUCGAAAAGCUCCUGUAAGUCACUGCGCUGCAGACUCCUCUAAGCCCUGGGACUAGCCCAAUCGCACUCCCCUGAACGACAACAAUCAACUUCUUCCCUCGAUUACUAUUUUCUUCAUUCAACCACUGCCCCUCCUACCUCUUUUCCGCCUCACAACCACAAGCGGUCGGAGGGUCGCUGUGGAGAAUAGAAUCGGCAAAAAAAAAGAUUCAAGAACCCGCUUCCCUCCCUGUCCAUUGAGCUAUUCCUUGUCUUCCGGCUCGCUCCACAUUCUCUCGGCUGUGUAACAACUUCUUGGCUGCUGACACCUAUCUGAACCUCCGUUCUCCUGACCACAAUCAUAGAGCUCGCGGAUACUUUUUUGUGCACAUUCAAUUCCGUUGCCCUCUUUUUCAGCCACCACUCAAUAGGUCCUUUUUGAGAGGUAACCCGGAAGCUAGCAUCACACUCAAGGGUUUCCAUACCCUCGAUUUGGUACCUUUCUAUUGACGCUGCAUCCGAGAGCGGUUUGCCGAUUUCCCGGCUCCUCUUGCUACUCGCAUCAACCUCAUAUUGAUACGCCACGAUUGUUCACAAAUAGAUACUUUUUCUGUCAGCCAGCCGAAGGUCACCGGUUCGCUUUCAUUUUUCUUUUCUUCUUCCUACCAAAGUCGGCACGGCGGCUGCCACCCUUAAUUCUUUCCCCUCUUGCAUUCCUUCAUUUCUUAUUGAUCGGCACGAAAGGUAUCUCAUAUGCCUAUCAAAUUCCCCAAGUUCUCUAGAAGAAAAUCCGUUGGGAACGCGUUAGAAGCUGGUUACGAGCCCGCCAAUCCGGACAAUCAGUUCACUCCUUCCCACGAGCCCGACGAAAGCAGGCCCACUACGUACGGCGGUGGGUACACUGGUACUCAGCGUCAGAACCGGUAUGAACAAAGUCCUCCGCUCCCCUGGCUAGGAAAAGCGAGAUCCUUACUAAAGGCGAGCUUUCGUAACAGAGGAAGCGGACACACAAACGGCUCGGGGUAUUCAGGUUCUGAGUACUAUGAUUCCACUGGGUCUUUGAAUAGACUAAGCUCAAGCUCAACACUUCCAUCUGCAGACGCUCCGCGUACACCUGCAUCGGUCGACGAUCCUCGUAACCAGCCUGGCGGACUUUACAAUACUGCAAAGUCACCAAAUUCCAUUGGUGCAUCGUCUGGGAAACGCUCCUUUGGCGGCAAUUACGGUCCUACCUCACCAGGACGAAAAGACAGCAUGUCAACAGCGACACCCCCGAGAUUAGAUACAACCCUUGACACAUCCUCUCUGUUUGGAGAAGACAUGUUCUCCUUCACAACAUCUAAAGCUACGGCUCGUCCAGAAAGCAGCGGUGGAAUGGGUCACACAGCACCAAAAUUGGCAUCCAGCAGCAUCAUCAUCAACACCGUAAUAACUUUGUUCUAACUUAUUAUUAUUUUCACCGGAAAGCUGACAUUGAGUUGCAGAGCGAUAACCACAAUGAUAUCCCCCCAGUACCGCCUCCGAGGUCGUACAAUCCAGCCACUUCGCCGACUGCGUCACGAUUUUCCUACGCUCCAUACAACAAUAUCUACGCUAACCCCUCCCAUAUGGACGGCGAUCGACCUGGGGUCACUGAAUACUCCCCCUACGGUUGGGAUGUCAAGGAUUCGGAUGAGCUGAUUGCCCCAACAAUACCGGCUGCCAGCAACAACUCUCCGCGUAAUUCACGGAAUCUUACCCCUGGUCAAAGUCUCCCAACACCCAGUCAUUCGUAUGCGGACUCGUUAACCACACCAUCUGCACGACAGGGUAGGGGACCUAAGCAGCAUCCUCCAAGAGGCGGAAGCGGUGAUUCUUUAGGGUUGAAGCGGACUAGUGCCGUCAUGCGUCGACAAUCUUUUCCGGAAGACGAGGAUGCCGCGUUAGUCGCGCAAGCUGUUGCCUCUCACAAACACCAGCAAUCCCAGCUUCAAGGACGUCCUCAACCCCAAAAGUCCAGUUCAACUCCCCUGUUAGUUGGCUCGGCCAAAGGUUUAAUGGAUAAAGCCAAGGACAGAGACAGUGGCUGGGAUGAAGGUGUGGCUUCUGGCUCAUCAUCACCCAACAGCUACCCCGGAGAAGGCUCGUCUGCUGCGUUGCGUGAUAAUCGAGGAACUAGCCCUGCAGCUUCAAAAAGAAACGUUAAUACCGAUCACGCGGGAACUGACGCCAUAUCUCAGACCGACAAAUCGGGAACCGGAUUUUCUGUUCAAUUGAGCGAUGGCAAUGAUAUCGAUUUUGAUUCAUCCAUCUCCGCUUCAGCUGCCCUGGCCGUAAAGUAUCAAGAGACCGAGGCCACCAAACCUCAACAAAACAAGGUUAUGACGCCCGCACAAUUCGAACGCUAUCGCCAGCAGCAGGAUCAACAGCGAAGGUUGUCUGGGGACUCGGCUGACUGCAAUGAAUAUGACGGAAGUGAGAGCUCGGAAUCCGAAGAAGAAUCCGAGGCGGAAAGGAAUCGCGAAGCCGCGAAACAGCGACAGAAGCAAGAAGCGCAUCUUGCUGUCUAUCGACAGCAAAUGAUGAAAAUUACGGGAUCUCAGCCCGCAGAGCAGCCGCUCGGUAUGAACUCACGAGGUGCUUCAAUGAGCACAUCAGCUUUGCCUUUGAAUACCUCGAUGCCGCAAUUGAGCCUUCCCGGGCCUGGUUCUAGCGAAAAAGACUCGGAGGAAGGGGACGAGGAGAUUCCCCUGGCAAUUUUAAUGGCCCAUGGGUUUCCGAACAAAAACAGGCCACCAACCCGACUCUCCAAUGCUAGUUCACAGCCUAAUCUCCGACAGGCGGCUCAAAAUCAACAAGAUCCUAGAUUGCCGCCAUUUGCUCGAGGCCUACCCCAAGAUCCUUACAACCUUGGUGCAAGCAUAUUGCACCCUGCAACCAGGAUGUCAAUGGCAUAUGGUGCGGGAAGUGUAUCUGGAUCUGUGGCUGGAUCGGUCUAUGGAGGCCCUUCGGAGACACCUAGCCCUCGACGCCCCGGUGGAUUGAUAGGCGAAAUCAUGAGAACCGAGGAGGCAAAGGCCGCGAGAAAAGGCGGUACUGCUUCAAUGGCAUUCCCUGCGCAGAAAAAUCCCUUUCAGACGGACCCCUUCAGACCUGCAUCGCCUGGUGGCGGAUUAUUGGGUUUGGGCGGCGGCUCGCAACAUGGUAAUGCUGGGAUGAUGGGCAUGGGUGGAAACCCGGGUCUUAUGGGACAGAUGGGUAUGGGCGGUGGUACGAAUGUGGGCGCGGGCGGAGCACCUGGGAUGCCUAUGAUGGGGCCAGGUGCCGCUCCGGCUAGCCAAGGCGAUGCUAUGCAAAUGCAGAUGGCUAACCAGAUGCAACAAAUGAUGAACAUGCAGAUGCAGUGGAUGCAGAUGCAAAUGCAGGGCCAGCAGCAGCAGCAGCAAAUGCUAUCGCCUCCAGUGAUGGGCCAGCGCCCAAUGAGUAUGGCUGGACCUGCCUCAACUGGUGUAUUUUCACUCGGUGGACAGCAUCAACGGACCAUGAGCAUGCUGGAACCCUCAAACAUGCCCUUUCAACAGCCGGCACGCCUACCCCACACUCCGUCAGUAGCUCUCGGUCAGCGAGGGUCAGCGAUGGGAUCUUUACAGCCACAGGGCUAUACACCCUCCAUUGCCCCAUCGGAACGAAGCACUGUUGGACAGCCGUCGAGAUACAGGCCUGUAUCGUACAACCCCGCUGCUGCCGUCAGCCCUGCCGGCGCUAGAACGGUGGCCGCGGUCUCAGGUUCUGGCCAGGAUUGGGGCAAGAAGCCACAUGGACCAUCACAUCUCAAAAACUCGGGCGGAGAGUCGGAUGACGAUGAUGAAGGAUGGGAGGAGCUCGAGAAGAAGCGGAAAGAGAAGAAGGAUGGAUGGCGGAAGAAGAAGGAUACCGGAUUCAAGGGGAUAAUGAGUUUUGGAUCGACAUCUACCUAAUGAGCAGUACUGGCCAUGAAGGAGGUGGUUACGAAGGCGUUGAUAUUGACCUUUACUUUUCUUGUCUUUCCUCAUUUUAUGACGUUUCCUGUUGAACUUUCUGCAUUUUUCUUCAUCCUUUUCUUAGAACAAAAAUUUCGGGAGACAUUGAUGGAUGGAGCUCCUGUUAGCAGCUACAUUCAGGCGCAGAAAAAAUGGGAGGUACGCAAAGAGGCUGGCAGCAAAUUUCGAUUGGUCUCACGCUCAUUAUUCACACACUGGGCGACCAUUUUGCUUCCGUUGGCUCGUCUUUUUGCUGCUUAUCCGAGUCCGAUCGAAACCAUAUGACCGGGGAGGAGGAAGGUCUGGGGCGGCCGAAGGAAUCUCUCCAUGUCCCUCGAUGAACCUCGUUUACCUUGGGUGAGGGAUGAGGGAGGCCUUUCUCGUAUUUCCCUUCAAUAUUUAAUGUAAUUACUGUUCUUCGGCGCCGAUGUUGAUGCUAUUAUAUCUCUCGUUUUUCUUCUCCCCUCCCCCCCUUUUCUACUUUUUUCUUUCUAUAUGUAAAUGGGUUCCUCCAGUCCUUGCGAGUUUUUCAUGCCGAUCAGCACUUGAUUGAGAUUUUAAUGGGGUGGUGAAGUAAUGACUUUAGGUUUGGGUGUCUGACUUGUUGGGAGAGAUGGAAAGGGGGCAUUGAGGGGUACGUUUUUUUUUCGUAUCCGUUUUCGCCCAGCUUCCCCAGUUCUCCUCUGCUUAUUCUCUCUAUUCCGUCGUCUGAUUUGAAUUACCUCUCCUCCCGUCAUUCGUUACCAACAUUUUUUUCCGCUUUACACCGGCCCAGAAAUUUUUUUAUCCCUAAUGUUUGUCGGAUAAGAAGUUUAGGACAAUUUUUUACGCGGAAGAGAUCAGAAUCUGGAGUACUGCUUGUUAUAAAGCAUUGGCCCUUUGGUAUUUUCUCUUUCUGUAUGAAAACUUUUUUUUCUUUAUAUAUAAUGCUGGGACGGAGCUUGGAUAAAGGCCAGGGUGGUGGAGGAAAUUAAUCAUAAUGUACAAAAAGUGGGAAGGUGAAGUUGGUGGUAAGGAGGAAAUUAUCCAGAGGGGAAAGAAACGAGAUGUCCCUACCACGGUAGUAUCUGCUGAACAUGAUUAUUUGUGGUGCGUGCAUGUCCAAUUGGUAUCGUAUCAUACCUUUGUGUGGAUAUCAUAUGAGGAAGGAAGCUAGAUUUGUACCCCAAAGUACAGUUCAGCGUAGUAAAUUUACCAGACAGAGGGGUUGAGUCAUCGUAUUAAGGCACGAAACUUCACUCCGUGUCACUCGAGGGAGGGAACUCUUUUGAAGCAAGUUAUGGUAAAGAACCCAAUCCGGACGAGUUCCAGGGGUAAGGUUCGUCCGAUCUUUGUGCCUGGCGUGAUCUCCUCUCGUCUUGUCUCAUUUAUCAUAUGAAAGUCGAGCCUUCUUCUGCACCGUAGUUGCCGUGCGUUUCCUUGCCCACUACUGUACCUUGGCCAGCCGGGAAGGGCUUAAGGGCUUCAUUAAUUCAUGCAGGUCAGCGGGAGCGAAAAGAGGAUAUUCCCUUUUGGUUAGCUAAUUUAGUUUGGAGAAAGAGAGGGAGAAGGAAAAGGGGUGGGGAUGAUGGAAGGAAGGAAGGAGGGAAGUUUGUUUCCUCAUCCCCUACUUUGGUAUUGUGAUAUGAGUGGAAGAGGAGUCGUUGUAUUGUUUUUAUUCGCAGAUUUUUUUUUGAUGGUCCUGUAUUGUUGUAUUGUGAUUGGACGCGGUUGGGCUCGAGCUGUGGUAUGGUGCUGCUUCGUUCUUUUGUUUCAUUGAAGUGUAUAGUACUUGUAUAGCACUGUAUCGUAUCGUACUGUGAGACAUCCUCAUAUCAUGAUCCGGUUCUGGGGAUUUCUUCUGCUUGUUUUUUUCUUUUUCUUUUUCUUCUUCCAUUUUCUCUUGGAGCUGCCGAGGGAAAUCUCUUGAGGUGAGACAAUUCAAACGGGUCUUUCCUUCUACCGCACAAUACCGUACUUUACAGUGCUGUGGUGAGUACAGUACAGAAAACUCCCGACUUUUCCUUUUUUUCUCUUUUCUCUCAUUUUCCUUUUCCCCUUCUCGCCAAACUCCCAUCCUUACCGUGCUCUACCGUACCCAAGUGCCACUCUUUCAUUUUUUAUUCCUAUUUACAGCAUCCUUUUAUUCUUCUCUUCCUCCUCUCCUUCGUCUCCAUUUCACAGCCACUAGUCCACCAGCCGGCCAGCCAACAAACAGGUUACGCAUCAUAUCAUACGUCGACAGAUAGACAGACAGGCGGACAGACAGCUAGCAAGCAAGCAGGCAACCUUCCACUAUUAACUGACUACCGCGCCUUCCAUCACACUCUCUCCUCCUCGCCAUCUGCCAAACUUCCUUUUCUAUUUCCUUUCUUUCUUGACUUGACUUGACGGCUUUGCAUAAUUAUUCCG